GACCGCAAACGCAGCUAACCAGAUCCUUUUUUUCUCUAUCUUUCUCUAUAAAAUCGCGUCCUGAUAAUAUAACUGUGAGUUGAGAAAAAACUUGACAAAGGAAGAAGAAGAAGAAAAAAGAAAAUGGUGUUGACGAUCUAUGCUCCUUUAUUCGCUUCAUCAAAACGAGCUGUGGUGACAUUAGUGGAGAAGGGUGUACCAUUCGAAACCGUCCAUGUCGAUCUCAUGAAAGGAGAACAUAGAAAGCCUGAGUAUAUCGCCAUCCAGCCUUUUGGUAAAAUCCCUGUGCUCACCGAUGGAGACUACAAAAUCUUCGAGUCGCGUGCCAUCAUGAGGUAUGUAGCAGAGAAGUACAGAUCACAAGGACCUGAGCUUUUAGGGAAGACAAUUGAAGAGAGAGGACAAGUAGAGCAAUGGCUUGACGUUGAGGCAACUAGCUACCACCCACCACUAUUGGCUCUAACGCUCAACAUUGUCUUUGCACCGCUUAUGGGCUUUCCUGCUGAUGAGAAAGUUAUUAAGGAGAGCGAAGAGAAGCUUGGAGAAGUGCUUGAUGUCUACGAAGCUCAGCUUUCCAAGAACGAGUACUUGGCUGGUGAUUUCGUGAGCCUAGCUGAUUUAGCUCACCUUCCUUUCACCGAGUACCUUGUUAAUGAGAUCGGCAAGGCUCAUUUGAUCAAAGAUAGGAAGCAUGUGAGUGCGUGGUGGGAUAAGAUUAGUAGCCGUCCUGCGUGGAAGGAGGUUUGUGAGAAGUAUGCGUUACCUGUUCAUGCGUUACCUGUUUAAUCAAAGAAGGGGGUAUGUUUUGUUUGUUGUGAUGUUUGUGAGAGCUCUGUGUGUCGUGUGAGGGAGUCCGUUUUGGGUCUAUUGUCUCUUUUUGUUUCAAUAAUAAACGGAACUCUGCCUCAUUUGUUUGCUAUAUCUGGUUUUCUUAUAUUUUGUAAUCUCUCAAGCAAAGCUUUUUAAUAAGACUUUUAAACCGAUGAA